AUGAAUCUUUUCUCUAGUGCUAAUGAAGUUACCGAAGACGGACAAUACUGCGUUUGUUCAGUGGAGCGCGGUUGUGAAGACAAGAAUCUGCUCUACUAUUGCGCCUUAGGAGCGAUCGACGGCAAUAUCACAGGUCCUUUUUUCACCAUUCUCUCUGAUCUUCAAGCGCCGAUGUUCAAAAUUAUUCGCAUCGAUGUGACCAAUCCGGCGAAGGAAAAUUGGCAAACCGUUGUGCCUGAAGCGACGAAUGACGUUUUGCAAUGGGCAUCUAGGGUGAACAAAACGCAGAUGAUACUCUGUUAUCUGAAAGACGUUAAAAACGUGUUGCAAGUUCACGACUUUGUCUCAGGACAGCAGCUGUUCACUCUACCUCUCGAAGUCGGGUCCGUCUCACAGUUUUUCGGCAAAGAGGACGAUUCCGAGGUGUUUUUUUGUUGCGAGUCAUUCGUCGUUCCGGGCACGAUCUACCGAGUGGACUUGCAGAAGCCGAAUCCUGUGCCCGAAGUUCUGUGGCAGACGAAGUUGCCUGGUAUAUCGCCGUCUGACUUUGAGACCGAACAGGUGUUUUACGCAACCAAGGACGGGACCAAGAUCCCUAUGUUUGUCAUUCAUCGUAAGGAUGUAGUUAAAUCGCCCGAUUGUCCGGCAAUACUGUACGGAUACGGUGGUUUCGAGAUACCGUUAGUGCCGAUGUUUGGCGUUGUACCGUUCAUUAUGAUGAACGAGUUCAAGGGCAUCUACGCUGUUGCAAAUCUCAGAGGUGGCAGCGAAUACGGCCAGAAAUGGCACCAGUCUGGCAUGAAGCAAAACAAACAGAACGUGUUCGAUGAUUUUAUCGCCGCAGCCGAGUACCUGAUCGAUCAAAAUUACACGUCACGUGAAAAGUUGACGAUUAGUGGAGCUUCAAACGGUGGACUACUGGUCAGUGCAUGUGCCAUCCAACGUCCGGAUUUGUUUGGCUGUGUGAUUUGCAAAGUUGGAGUUUUGGACAUGCUUCGUUAUCAUCGAUUUACUAUCGGGGAAGCGUGGGUACCUGAAUAUGGUUCCGCCGAAGAACCGGAAUCGUUCUCAUACUUAAUCAAGUAUUCGCCAUUGCACUGUUUCAAGUGUCUUGCCAACGGUCAACAGUAUCCGGCGAUGUUGCUGUUGACUGCUGAUCACGACGACCGGGUCGUGCCUUCGCAUUCGCUGAAGUUCAUCGCGAACGCUUACUACACGUUGAAGGAUUGCAAGUCUCAGCGAAAUCCGAUUAUGAUUUCGAUUGAGACAAAAGCGGGCCACGGCGUAGGCAAGCCGACACAGAAACUGGUAUUAUUUUGGCUUUUAUCUCGUUACAGUCUUCUCAGUGUAGUGAUUGGUCAUUCACGCUUGCAGAUCAAGGAAUGGACCGACAUCUACUCGUUCAUCUAUCGCGUCUUGAACCUUAAAUUUGAUGCUUCCUGA